AUGUCCAACGAGAUCACUUCCAUCUCGACCAAGGUUGCCCCUGAGGGCUACCUUGAUACCUUUUUACCGUUUAUUCAACUUCCUCCCGAACUCAGAUGCAUAAUUCAAGAGUUCGCUAUUCGAGACUGCCAAAGAGGUGCCCACUUCUUUUCAACUUCCAAGCGCCCAAGCAGAAGUGGCCGUACUACAGGUCACUCUCAUCUCGACAUUGAGGAUAUCUAUGGAUUCGAACUUACGGCGCCCAAGUCCCAAACCGAGCCGAAUUCCGUCCAAGACUGGUUUGUGGGUAACCCAUCGGCUUAUGUUAAGGAUGUCGCUCUCUGGACAAUGUGCUGGGAAUCUCGCGACAUCAUAAUUAAACGAUAUAAACAACUUGACAAACAUAUGGGUCCAAGCUCAGGGUCAACCGAAGUCAGCCAAUUUGUAUCUUGUCAAUUCACACGGAAUAAGGACAAAUGCCAGUUCAAGGUCUCACCAGCGCAAGAUCUCUUUUGCAUCCAGAUACACCACGGUCGGGACCCAUGGUACAUAACGCCAUUUUAUAGGCUCCCAGGGAGUUCACGUGUAACGAAAUUCACGAAUACGGCAAUAGAAUACGAUACAAAUUGGUUGAAAUCGUGGGAACCUGGCUUUGACGAGCAGUGCUUGGAGAACAGCCCCAGGGGGUGUUUUAUCCGGACUCUCUGGGCAGUGGCAGAGGGGAGAAUGCCCGCUGGCUGCCAAUUUUGGAUCAUCGACCGCAACAUUCAGAGGAGAGACAAGCCACGGUCAACGCCUAUCCCUUCUGAAGAUUCUGAAGACGACAAUGCCGACGAACAAGAGAAGCCAAAGCCAUUGGUAUUCCAGGGCCUUGACAGGCGAUAUGUCGAGGUGCGAGGCCUGGAAGAGUGCAAUUGGGACGCCUUGACACAGAAUACGGUGUUUCACUUCCUCCACUGGCUCCAGAUGAGGGCAGGCUUUAAUGUUCACUGGAUGAUGAGGCAUCGCGGCCGGUUUGAGCGGGACAAACCACGGCUUCAACACCGUGAUUUGGAUGAGAUGGUCAAGGUUCUGUGCGAGGAGAAGCUAUAG